CUCAGACAACAGACACGCGAGGUCAGGAAGGAGCCGCUUAGAAAUUACCGCUUCCUCCACGCCGCCACCAGCCCUGAACCCCGAUCCAGCCUGGGAGACACCCGGAGCCCAGAUCAGGCAGUUCAGAGAGCCAGCAGGAGAGGCCCCAACCCAGGCGGCUGGACCCCCAGAGCAGAGCGGCCACCCCAGGUCCAGAACAAACACCUUCUCUGAAGAGCCUCCAAAACAGAGUGAGGACGAAAUGGCCACCAAGGAGAAGCUGCAGUGUCUGAAGGACUUCCACAAGGACAUCCUGAAGCCCUCGCCAGGAAAGAGCCCAGGCACAAGACCCGAGGACGAAGCCGAGGGCAAACCCCCGCAGAGGGAGAAGUGGUCCAGCAAAAUCGACUUUGUGCUUUCCGUGGCCGGUGGCUUCGUGGGUUUGGGCAACGUCUGGCGUUUCCCGUACCUCUGCUACAAAAAUGGUGGAGGUGCAUUUCUCAUACCGUAUUUUCUUUUCCUGUUUGGGGGCGGCCUGCCUGUGUUCUUCCUGGAGGUGGCCAUAGGCCAGUUCACCUCUGAAGGCGGCAUCACCUGCUGGGAGAAGAUCUGCCCUCUGUUCGCUGGCAUCGGCUAUGCCUCCAUUGUGAUCGUAUCCCUCCUGAAUAUCUACUACAUCGUCAUCUUGGCCUGGGCUACCUACUAUUUGUUCCAGUCUUUUCAGUCAGAGCUGCCUUGGGCACAGUGUAACCACAGCUGGAACUCGGACCAGUGCCUGGAAGACACCCUGCGUCGGAACCAGAGCCUGAUGAAGAACUAUACCUCGCCUGUCACCGAGUUCUGGGAUCGCAAUGUGCUCAGCCUGUCCUCCGGCAUCGAAGAUGUGGGCUCUCUGAAGUGGGACCUGGCGCUCUGUCUCCUCUUCGUCUGGCUCAUCUGUUUUUUCUGCAUCUGGAAAGGCGUCAAGUCCACAGGGAAGGUCGUCUACUUCACGGCCACCUUCCCCUUCGCCAUGCUCCUGGUGCUGCUGGUUCGUGGACUGACACUGCCCGGUGCAGGGGCUGGCAUCAAGUUCUAUCUGUACCCCGACAUCUCCCGCUUGGGAGAUCCACAGGUACUGGUCUGGAUCGAUGCUGGGGACCCAAAUCUUCUUCUGCCUACGCCAUCUGCCUGGGGGGCCAUGACCUCUGCUGGAAGCUACAACAAAUACAAGUAUAACUCGUACAGGGACUGUAUGCUGCUGGGAUGCCUGAACAGUGGUACCAGUUUUGUGUCUGGCUUCGCAAUUUUUUCCAUCCUGGGCUUCAUGGCACAAGAGCAGGGUAUUGUCGUGGGGGACAUUGCUGAUGUGGCUGAGUCAGGGCCUGGCCUGGCCUUCAUCGCCUACCCAAAAGCUGUGACGAUGAUGCCUCUGCCUACGUUUUGGUCCAUUCUUUUUUUUAUUAUGCUUCUCUUGCUUGGACUGGACAGCCAGUUUGUUGAAGUCGAAGGACAGAUCACGUCCUUGGUUGAUCUUUACCCAUCCUUCCUAAGGAAGGGUUACCGUCGGGAAAUCUUCAUCGCUCUCAUCUGUAGCGUCAGCUACUUGCUGGGGCUGAUGAUGGUGACGGAGGGUGGCAUGUAUGUGUUUCAACUCUUUGACUACUAUGCAGCUAGCGGUGUAUGCCUUUUGUGGGUUGCAUUCUUUGAAUGUUUUGUUAUUGCCUGGAUCUAUGGCACUGAUAACUUUUAUGACGGUAUUGAAGACAUGAUUGGCUACAGGCCUGGGCCCUGGAUGAAGUACAGCUGGGCUGUGGUCACUCCGGUUCUGUGUGUUGGAUGUUUCAUCUUCUCUCUCGCCAAGUAUGUCCCCCUGACCUACAACAAAGUGUACAAGUACCCCGACUGGGCCAUUGGGCUGGGUUGGAGCCUGGCACUGUCGUCCAUGCUGUGUAUCCCUCUGGUCAUGGUCGUCCGCCUGCUGCAGACGGAGGGGCCGUUCAUGGUGAGAGUCAAGUACCUGCUAACCCCCCGGGAGCCCAACCGCUGGGCGGUUGAGCAGGAGGGGGCCACACCAUAUGCCGGCGCCCACAAGCCCCUGAGCAUGAAUGGUUCCCUCAUGAAGCCCACCCACAUCAUCGUGGAGACCAUGAUGUGAACUCGGCCCGGGACUGCUUCAUGCUGUUUACUAACAUUAGAUUCUCAUAGGACCAGGUUUACAGAGCUUUAUAUUUGCACUAGGAUUUUUUUUUUAAUUGUCACAGAAAAUGUUACUGUGUGUAUGUGUGUGAUAUUGUGAGUAUGUGUGUUUUGUUUUGAAUUUUUUUGGGGGGAGGGGGGUGGGAUAUUUUGUACAAAAAAACGAAACGAAACAAAAAAAAAACCAAAAGAAAAACCCCAUGGGCAGAUGUCCGGGGCAAGGCAGAGAUUUCAUAUUGAAUUAGAUGUGUUUUAUGGGAACUUGGUAAUUAUUUCUUUGUAUUUUUUUUUUAACCAUAGAACUCUGUAGACACACACUUAGAGGUCGCCAUCACUUUACCACUUGAAUCGAUCUCCUUGCCAGCAAUAGAUCUCGUUUUUUCAAAAGCAAUUCUUCGGUGCUUGCAUAGCUGGCAGAGUUCUGCUCCCCUCUCCUCCCAUACACACACCAUAACCACCCAGCCCCCGGACAAAAUAUAGAUCACAAGGUAGAACUUUGCUGGGAUAGCAGGUCUGGGUUUAUUUGGGGUUGGUGGCACCUCUAAAACCUAGUUCUAAGAGAUUAGCUACGGGGAGUUUCAUUCUGCCACACCAGCAGGACUGGAGAAAAGAGGGCAAGCAUGGGGCUUGGGGUCCUUCCUUAACUCUUGUCCUGGCCAAGAAGAGAGAUGCCAAAGCUGAUAGGCAGGCCCAGAGAAGCUCCAGGUGAAGCAUGGUACAGGAAAACUCAACUUAGAGAGGAGGGCCACUUGCCAGGAUGCAGAGGGUCAAAUACCUGCUAAACCCCCAGAAGCCUAACCUAGGGAGACUGAAUUAUGACCCCUGCAAAGCUAUCACCAGAACCUCCCAGAAGAAGGUGGCAUAGAGUAGGGCACUUCAGGCCUCCUUCUGAGGCUGCUAUAUAGUCUAUCCUCUCAGCCUGUCCCACA